AUGCACAUGUGUGGCCAGUGUAAGGUGCUCUGUCUGUUUCGCUGGGACACUAACAGAAGUCGUUGUUGUUUUCAGGUGGAACAGGCCGCAACAAUGUCAUUUCGUCGCUUUUGCAGACUCAUAACACAGUCGUUUCCGGCAGCAGUCACUUGGUUGCUGAUCAUUGUUUGCACCGCGUGCUUCUUCUAUCUGCUGGCUCCGGCCAUCGUUGCACAGCUCAGCGCCUGGGGCUAUGUGCUGUGCGCUCUGGAUGCCGUCCUGUUCGUGUUGCUGAUGUCCAACUUGUAUAUGGCAGCCACCAUGGAUCCAGGUGUUCAUCCACGGGGGGACGAAAACGAGUUGUCCGAAAACGAUGAUUUACAAAUACAUGCGCCACGAAAAGUGAUUAUCAACGGGUUCGCAGUUACGCAGAAGUGGUGCUGUACAUGUAAAUUUUAUCGACCACCAAGAACUUCACAUUGUGCCAUAUGCGAUCGCGCGGAUCUUCUAACAAGGCCAAAUAUAUGUUCGAUUGUUUUGAUGGCGCUUUGUUUUCUGUUUGCUAUACCCGUUUUUGGAUUGACCGGAUUUCAUGUUUUUUUGAUUAUCUCUGGUCGCACAACUCACGAACAGGUAGGCGCUUGCUUGCUUUUUCACCUUUUGAUCAUGUCAGUAGCUUGCUGAAG